AUGGGUCGUUUUACGAACGUUAAUUUAAAUUUUUCCUCGGAUGAAGAAAGCGUUUUUGAUAUGAGAGAUGAGUUCAGUUCUCCAGACUAUCUAUAUGAGACAAAUACAAUCGCAAUUAUAAAAGAGGAAAAUGAAGAGGACGAUAGGGAAGAUGAUGAAACAAUGCAUUUUGAUGCUUUAAUUGAUCCUGCAAAAUGCGCUUCAGAUAUGCCAUAUAUAAUCGCUGCAUCAAAUAACGAUUUCUUGGCCAUUGCAGUCGGAGAAGAUCUGUCUUUUUUCAGUUUUCGAUUUGGAAUUUCAUAUCUCGUUACUAUUCAUUUAGGAGAUGGUAUUGAAAUAAAUGCUUUAUGCUUUUUACCAAGUUCUGAUCUUAUGGCAGCGGUCACUUCUGAAGGAAUACUUCUUAUUUUCAAUGCCUUUUGGCAAAAGCUUAUUUUUAAAACGAAAAUUGUUCAAGAGAACAAGGUCAUUUUUAUUUGUGGCUCAAAAAAUCAGGAUAAAUGUUACAUAAGUAUUUUAUCUGAAAGGGGAGGACUUUUAACAGUGAUUCUAGAGGAAUACACCAAAUGGAUUGGCGCUUGCGAUAAAAAUAGUCUUAAUUCAGCCAUUCAGAAGACGUUUGACGAUUUUCCUGUGUUCCGACUACAAUGUGAACAUCCUUGUAGAAAUUUGGUUAUACUUUCUGAUCAGCAGCUUCUACUCUUAGUGACGACAAAACCAGGUUCUCCUCUAAUAUCUCCCAUCAUCGAUUAUAUGGCUGAAUCAAGUCACAAAAAUGGCUUGUUUGCUCCAAUUGAUUUAUCUGAUGGUCGGCUUUUCGUGCGAAUACAGUUAUGUGAUGAUGGACAUUCAGCUAUUGCAAUAACGCAAGAUGGUUGGCUUGUGUUAUAUGAUUUAUGGACAAUGAUGAAAUAUGCGGAAAGAAAAAUGAUUUCUGAGAAAGAAUUCGUAAAGGAUUUUAUUCUUUUGGGUCAAUCAAAAAGUUCUUUAGCAAAUUGCAAGAUUGCUAUUCUCGUUGAAGAUAGCGAAAAUACAAAGCUGCAAGUGCAUCGAAUUGAUACGACCGAAAUGAUAUAUGCGACAUCAAUUAGCACAAAUAGUCAACUGCUUAGUAUUGCUACAGAAGAUGGUGAUAUAAUUGUUACUGGCUUGGUUUUCUUGCGUUCAGUUGCAGAAUGUCAGCCUCAGAUAAGGCUUAAUCGUUUAUUGAACCGUUCUCAGUUUGACGAAGCUGAAUUAUUUGCUAAGAAAUUUAAGCUUGAUUUGCAAGAAAUUCAUAAAAGUCGAGUAACACGUCUGCUAUCAAAAUUAGUCUCGACAAAUGUUGAUUUGCUGAUGGUGUACAUGGAUGAAAUAAGUGACCACAAUUGGAUCGGUGAGACGUGUAUAUCUGGUGCUACAAUUGGUCGUGAUUUUAACGCAGUGUUGAAAUUGCUUACUUAUGCUGAAAAUCGCGAAAUUUCUGAUGAAGAAACUCUUCGAAAAUUAAUUCGACUACGGUAUAAUUUGGCAACAUAUCGGAUGAUUUAUGGGCCAGAAAAGGCAUUUUUCAAUUAUUGGCUGGAAUUCGUUGGAGAUUUAUCUUGGGUUGAGAUUUUUUUACAUUUUUGUUCGCAAGGUAAUUUCGCUGAAGCCCGCCUUAUAUGGAGUCGCUAUCGUAAUGUUUUGGAAGUCUGGAUUGUCACUGAGCAUGAUUCAGAUGAUGCUUUUAGGAAAAUUCUUGAAGCUUGUAAUGACCCAUUAGCAGUGAAAAUUACUAUUAUUUGGGAUGUUUUAUGUUUACUUGAAAAUGAAGUCAUACCUAUAGCUUUGUUGAUGAAUACUGCUCAAAGAUUAAAAAGAUGUAUUCAUUGGCUUCGUACAAUAUGUAAUAAGCUCGAAAUGGAUCAACCUACGGAAUUCCCAAAUAAUGUUUUAAAAGUGGCUUCAACUAUUAUACGAGUUUCAGAAUACAUGAUAAAGUAUUCCGUUACGCCAGGCCAGAAAGCAACUACUGCUCACAUUUUUUCACUUAUGAAGAUAGAUUCAAUGGAUCCUAACGAUGAUUUGGGUGCAUUAAAUAUUAUGAUAAAUAAUCUCCGUGAAAUGGAAAAAUUAAAACGUAUUUAUCUUUGUUCUAUGAGUUAUGACCAGUACUUGGAACAAAAUAGUCAAUCAAUAUGUUACAUGAUACUAGAUCGAGCCCGAAGUGUGGAAUUAAUCAAAAAGGAAAUAGAGCAAUAUGCAAAGCCUUUCAUGAAUGAAUAUAAAUUACAUGCCGACAAAACUCUUUAUAGCUACAUACUAGCGAUCGCUGAUCGUUAUACUGGAGUAGUCGCUAACACGAAUCCUUGGGAUGAGCAAUGUUUAGCUGUUGCUGAAACAAUAAACUGUCGUGCUUUGCGUUGUGAAGCAGUGAUUGGAAUUUGUAAGCGUGCAUAUCCUCCAUGGACUCGGCACUUGUCGAAUGCUGUGGAAAUAUUAUUGAACGAAUCAAAUAUCGACUCUAAACUGAUAAAAAAACUUCAAUAUCAGUGCCAUUUCGCGCAUUUAGCUGAAAUGAUGAUGAAAUAUAUGGUGCCGAUGGCGGCUAUUGAUAAGUACCUUACAAGCCCACGGUUUUUUUUGUCAGGUGUCCAGUAUAUCCUUAAGCAAACUACGAUCGAACCUGAUCCACAGAAGAGGCUAAACGACGUACUUAAGAUGGUUGAUAUGGCAACUAAAAUUAAAAAUAAUUUGAUGGAUCGCAAACACUGUAUUGUUUAUUUUUGUGUUUACCUUAUCAAAGAUGUCAAAGAAGACGAAAUGCUUAACGAAAUAAUUCGAUGCCUCGGUAAUAUAAACGAAUCAGAAAGGAAUACUAUUAUCGAUGAUUUUUUACUUUAUGUCCAUGAAGCAACCAACACGAAAAAUCUUUUUAUAUAUGAUAUACAAAAAGAGAUCAGAUUGAAAUAUAUUAGUGCUGCACUGUGCAUAUUGGAAAAGUUUGUCGAGAAUGGCGAUCAAAUGAAAAGAAACCUUCGAGCAAUGCGUAAUAUGCAGGAAAAAUUCUCAGUUUUUAUCGAUUGUCACUUACUAGAAAAUGAAGAACAAAAAUUAGAAAUGUUGAAACAGUUCAUCGAUUCAAAACUGAAUUCAGAAAGCAUGUUAAAGUGGACUGAGAUUUUGGAUUAUUCAAGGGCAUUGGCUGUUGACGAUAAAAAAAUGACGAAAUUGCUGGUUGAACGAUCUGUUGAACUUGAAAAUCCUACAGUUGCUAUUCAUGCUGCUCAGUCUUUAUUAAUUUUUGAUCCUCAGCCUUGCGAAAAAUUUAUUAAGAUUGCUUUAAAAAGCUGUGAAUAUGCUUUAUGGAUAAUGCCUAGUGUGAAUACUGAAUCAAACUUAGAUACGAUUAUCGUAUUGCUGGAAAUGUUAUCAAAUUUACUACCAAUAAUAGUGGAUAAAUCUUCUUUGUCAUUUCAACAUUACGAAAGAGCGAAUAUGGACAAUAUACAAUAUUUACCAAACGAAAAAGAUCCUAACGCAAGUGACAAAACAGUAAAUUUUUGGAACUCUGAAAUAUAUGGUAUACAUAAGCGAAUUGGGACAUACACUUCAAAAUCUGAUGGAACUAUAUUUGAUAAAGUCGCUGCUAUUCGUGCUAUAGUAGCAGUUUCUCGAUCAACUGUUGUUAAUCCACCGAUUCUAAUUGAAGAAAUGGAUGAAUUUAACAAUUUACUGCGUCAAAAUUGGCAAUCUUUGUUUGGAUUUUUGAAUUUAAACAAUCAGUUUCUUCUAGAAUUCAGUGCGCGCUCGUGUGCUGCCAGAAUGCCAUGCUUUAUUAAUCAUCGCGAUAUGUUGGUCGAUAAUUUGAAAAACACGGUAGUAUGUUUUAUCGAGCGACUUUUAUCUCAGAAUCCAGCAGACUUAUGGCUUUGCACAGCCGCACUAUUUACUCUUCCGGAGGAGCAGAUUAAGUGGGCAUUGGAAAAGAUUAAAAGAUGGGUUGCCUUUCGCAAAGUUCCUAACAUUUCUGUUUAUUUCCUUCAGCUUUAUCAAUUUAGCAAUAUUGUUCUUUCAAAUCAUUCCAAUCAGAAUUGGUCUCGUAGUGAAGAAAUUAAUGUAAUUAAUCGGCAUUAUGCAUUGAAUAUUUGGGCGAAGAGAUUAAAUAAAAUGGGUCUUUCUUUAUUGCCUAAUGAGCCUCUUUCUUCCAUUAUUCACGAAUUCGUCAAGGCAAGGAUUACUGUUGAAAUUCUUAUUGAAUAUUGUACAACUUUUGAAUUGGAUUGUUCAGAAGCUACUAUACAGUAUGCGAUGCAAAUGCUGACUCAGAGUUGUUUGGAAAGAGAACGUCGCAUUGCCAAUGAAAUGUUGCGAAUGGCAUCUCACGCUUUUUUACAACUUGGUCAUGUUGAAGAUAUUUUUUAUCGUCUUUGCAAGUGUGUUACAUCGCUAUGUCCAUACGAUUAUGAGGCUCUUGAAGUUCUUAUUAUUGAAUUAAAGAAAUUUACACAUCACAAUGAAGAAGUUUACUUAAAGCUCGCUGAAAAAUUUUCAACUAUCCUUAUUUUUCUGUCAACUUUUGUUCGUUCAAAUGCACCAAGUGAUGCCGAAAUCAUUUGGUAUCAAGAACGUCAGAAAUAUCUCUCUAAAGGGGAAGAUGGUACCGAUAUUUUGAAUAAAUUACGAAAGAAUUUGAUUGAAACAAGUAGUAUAGAAGCAUUGACAAGUAUCCAGGAUAUAGAUGACAGUAUAUACGAAAAACCUCAGCUUAUAGCAUUGCAAUUACCAUUAAAUGCAAAUAUUCGUCUUCCAUUUCAUAUAUUUCUUUUUGAUGAUGAAAAAGAUAUAAAAAGCGUUCUUCUUCCUAUUAUAAACUGUGAAUUGACGUUAUAUAAUGUAAAAUUAUGGCAAUAUUUUGCUCGAACUAUGCCAGAAUUGAAGUUGUCCAAAUCUUGUUUGCUAUCGAACGCAAUAAUGCUAGCAAUGCUAGCUCAUAUCAACAAUGGUACAGAUAUUGGAACUGAUGAGCUCAAUACGAUAGCAGAUUUGAUUUUUAGUACUGGAAAUCGCAUCGGUACAAUAAAAGCAAUUAUGCUUGGUUUCAAAAGCCUUCCUCUUUGUGAAACAAAAAUUCGUUUUUUGUUGGUUGCAAUAAAUGUGGCUGAAAAAUGGCUUUCCGCAACAUCAACUGAUCUAUCAAAGCCAGUUACAAAUGAUGAAAUUGCCUAUAUUGAACGUUAUUUGACAGCAAUGAAACCUGCUUCUCAAAAAUAUCGUGCGGAACUUCUUUUACAGAAGUUUAAUUUUCUUGAUCAAGAUACCGCUAAUUUGCUUUCUAAUCCGGAGGAAUUGAUUCGAUAUAUAUACUGCAAUCGCAUUAACUGGAAUGAUGUUAAUGAUCGAGGUAGCAAAGUAUCCUUAAUUGAAAAUUUGGCUGCUAUUUACGGUUUUAAUCUUCCAAUGCUUCAAAAUAAGCUUAUUAACGAAUGGCUGAGUGGUGAAUGCGUCAAAAAUAUAUUUGAUCCAAAUGAUACAAUUGGUGAUGUUGUGCCUAUCUCAGGAAAAACCACUCUUGAAAAUAAUUAUGCGUUAUGCUCACUACCAUUUUUAGACGAGUUUACCUCGAGAAUUGUUGAACUUUCAAGGAUGAGAGAAACUAAACAAUCAAUCUAUACUUUAGCUUAUUUGUUAAAACAAAAUUCGCCAAAUGUUUCCUAUAGUACGAAAGUACGCUGCUUGUGCUGCCUUUUGCGUUUGCUUUCUGCUCAAGAACUCGAAGAUAUUGUCGGUGGAAAUCUGCAAACUGUGUGUUCAAAUUUGGAACUGUUGCUUUAUGCCGAUUUGAUAGAAGCCUCAAAAGUGGAUCUGUCUUUGGAGACUUUCAAGGCUAUGGACAAAGGUAUUUUAUUGAAAUCUCUGCUACCAAAUUCGCCGCCCUCAAAGCUCAUUAAUUUCGCUUCAUCGCUUGUUAUUGAUUAUCAAAUUGCUGACACUACAGUGGUUGUUGCAUUGCUUUACAAAUUGUUGCAAGAACGUAGAUACGAAAUGCUUCAGCAAUUACUAUUGUUUUGUUCACUUAACAGCGGACUUAAUAAUAUUAAGGCAAUUCCACUGGCUUGGGCGAGGCUAGCGGACUGGUUGCAUAGCCAGAUAGCCCAAAAGAUUUUUGGGUCAAUAAACAAACAUUCUGCUUUUAGUUCCCCUGUUGAACUCAGACGAGCAGUUGAUUCGAUGAAAAAUUCCGCUAUUAUGGUUUCCUGUCCAGUUGCAUCGCAGUUACUCCAAAUUGCAUCAUAUGCAACCACGCGAACAUCAAAUGAUUUCCAAGUUGAAGUUCCUGAUUAUGACGUCAAAAUGGAAUGGGCAAUUUCGACGCGAGAUUCAACUUUAUAG